CUCUGCAUGGCCCCGGCUGCUGCUAUGACUUCUUUGCCAAUCGGGGGGAAAACCGAAGAGUCGCCCGCGUCCGCCUUCAGCAAGCCCGCCGCGGGGGGCCCCAUGGGGGGCGAGGAGGAGGGCGACAAGCCCAAAGUGUCCCCGUCCCUGCUGCCUUUCAGCGUGGAGGCCCUGAUGGCCGCAGACCCCAGGAAGCCCGGCGGAGGCCGGGACGGCCUAUCCGGCCUCGACGGGCCCCCGCUGGCCACCGGCCCGUCGGGGCAGACCCUCAGCCCCAGGGUCGGAUCCUUAUCGGGGCCGGGGGCUUCGGACGCCCCCCUGCCCCUCAACGCGCAUUUUUCCGUGGGAGGACUCAUAAAACUGCCGGACGAGGCGCUUGUCAAACCCGAGAGCCCCGAAAAGUCGGAGUGCGGCCCGUGGAUGCAAACCUCCAGAUUCUCGCCUCCCCCCACCAGGCGCCUGAGCCCCCCGGCCUGCACCCUGCGCAAACACAAGACCAACAGGAAACCCCGGACGCCCUUCACCACGGCCCAGCUGCUGGCCCUGGAGCGCAAAUUCCGGCAGAAGCAGUACCUGUCCAUCGCCGAGCGCGCCGAGUUCUCCAGCUCCCUCAGCCUCACCGAGACCCAGGUGAAGAUCUGGUUCCAGAACCGGCGCGCCAAGGCCAAGAGACUGCAGGAGGCCGAGCUGGAGAAGCUGAAGAUGGCAGCCAAGCCCCUGCUGCCCCCGGCCGCCUUCGGCCUCUCCUUCCCGCUGGGGGCACCGGCCGCCGUGGCGGCGGCCGCGGCCGCGGGAGCCUCCCUCUACGGGGCCUCCGGGCCUUUCCAGCGCGCCGCCUUGCCCGUGGCUCCCGUGGGACUGUACACGGCGCACGUGGGAUACAGCAUGUACCACCUGACAUAAGGCGGAGGGCCCGGACGAAGGCCCCGGCCCGGCCCCCAGCCUAGGACGCAUCUGAACGCCCGGCAAAAC